AUGAUUUAUUUUAGUAUCAAUUUAUAAAAUAUUUUUAUAUAUACUUGACCAUAAAUAUGUCAAUUAUAUUAAAUUUUUUAUUUUUUCACCGAGUAAUAUCAGUUUGGGAGCUUGUUAGCCAAAACCCCUAAUAGCAGAAACAUAGAAAGAAGUAAAAGUAAAGCCAAACAAGAAAGCUCAGAGUGUUGGGAGAUAAACUGAUAGAUGGAGGGAGGUUGUUUAACAUUCAGCACAGCAAGACCUUCAACAACAUGCCUUCAUUACAAUUCUUCUACUUUUUCCAAACAAUUUAACACCAAUUCCCUACCUAUUACACCAAGAAGAAGAGGAUUAUCAGUAAAAGCAUCCACCCACAACUUUUCAACAGGGAGGUCGACAUUAUCGAGCAACUGGGAUGUUUCCAGUUACUCAAAAGCCCCUUCUUGGAUGCCCAGAUUUGAAGAACUUGAUACCACCAAUAUGCUUCUUCGUCAAAGGAUUGUCUUCUUGGGUUCUCAGGUAGAUGAUAUGACUGCAGAUUUUAUUAUAAGCCAGCUAUUAAUUCUUGAUGCAGAAGAUCAGAAAAAGGACAUCACAUUGAUCAUUAAUUCACCUGGUGGUUCAGUAACUGCUGGGAUGGGAAUCUAUGAUGCCAUGAAAAUGUGCAAGGCUGAUGUUUCUACUAUCUGCAUGGGACUGGCUGCAUCCAUGGGCGCGUUUCUCUUAGCCUCUGGCAGCAAAGGAAAGCGGUACUGCAUGCCUAAUGCUAAAGUGAUGAUCCAUCAACCGCUUGGAACUGCUGGUGGUAAAGCAACAGAGAUGAGUAUAACGAUUAGAGAAAUGGGGUACCACAAGAUGAAGCUUAACAAAAUAUUAUCCAGAGUUACUGGCCAGCCUUUAGAUAAGGUUGAAUUGGAUACUGAUCGUGAUAAUUUCAUGAAUGCUUGGGAGGCUAAGGAAUAUGGAUUGGUUGAUGCUGUUAUAGAUGAUGGCAAACCAGGACUGGUAGCACCCAUUGCAGAUGGCACGCCUCCACCGAAAACACGAGUUUGGGAUCAAUGGAAGAUCGACGGGACCAAGAAGGCGAAGAAAAAUUUGCCUUCUGAAGAAAGGUUAUUGCAAAAUGAUGAGCAGAAAGAUGCAGCUCCCAGUCCUCUAUAGUGUAUUGUGGUACAUGUGAGACUUGAACAGACGUACUAGUCAGUAUUGAAUUUGAGAUAUCGUCUUGAGGAUCCAUUGUAGAUUGUUAAUUUUUAUAUUAUGCUCGAAGUCAGUUGAGCCUUCUGUUGUACCAAUAUCUAAUAUUGGUAUUUAAAUUGGUCUUCAUCAUAAAAGAAAACAUUUGAAUUGGUA